AGCCCCCUCUUUCUCGCCUUCUCGCCUCACCCCCCACCUGCGGGAUUCCGGCAUCCACCACCUCGCCGGCCGGCAGCCCAUCCGGCUCCCCGCCGUUCGCCCCGCCAGAAACAGCCCCCUGACCGCCAGAAACCCCUCGUCCACUCCUACUCGCCUUGUCCGUCCACCCAACGAAGCCGCCUCCCGCCUCGGGGUGACGGGACUCCCCUCUCUUGUUGGCGUCCGUCCUCCUCCUCGCCCCCGUCUGCUGGGUCGGAAAGGAUUGGAGAUUCAUUAACUCCCCUUGUGCUGGGUUCAGGGGUCCAAGCUGAAGUCAGAGUGUUGGAAAUGGCGUUGGUGGCGAAGCGGUCCCGCUGCACUCACUCUACGACCUGUCUUUGCCUCAGGGGGCACAUCAACGAGGAUGCCCUUUUCCUUGUUUUCCGCCACAUUAACUGGAACCCGAAGAUGAUUGCCCUCAUCUCGUGCGUAUGCAAGUGGUUCGAUGAGAUCGCCAAGCGUGUUCUGUGGAAAGAGUUCUGCCAUGCCAGGGCACCCAAGAUGAUGCAGGACCUGCAUUCCGGUGGCAGUCACAUCGUUGAUGGCAACUGGAAGGCACUAGGAAAGCUUCUUAUUCAUUGCUCAGGGUGCACCACGGGGGGUCUGUUCGACGUCCGUGUCCCAGGGCACUUUGUUCCCAAGACCCGUUUCUCCAAGACUUCUGGAAAGAGCUUCUUGCCUCCGAUGUGCAGGACCGAUGUGUUGUAUGUUUCAGAUCCUUGCGAGCAUCUUGACGAGGAGGAAGGUGACCUAGGUUUCUUCCGUGGCAUCUUCAAGUCGUUUGCUUCUUCAAAGUUUAAGAAGGUGCUGAUUGAGAAGCAAGCAAACUUCCAUCCAAACGAGGUGUGUCCUUACUGUAAAGCAAAGCUAUGGGAUUUGCUGGAAGCAGAUCUGAUACCCACAUCUGCUGCCGUAAGGUUGGAUGCAUAUGAUGAUUCUGUUGAGUACUAUGUAUGCCUUAAUGGACACAUCAUUGGUUUCUGUGCUAUGAUGACUGUCUCGGAUUCUGAGGGUGAAGGGACGAGUAAUAUCAAGACUUAAAUAAGGCUACUAGCGUUUCAAAGCCAAUGUCUGUGAAUCUUGUAUAAAGGAUGCUCCUCUCAAGUCUCAACCCAGCAACAGUGAGAGGCUGAAGGCUGCCGUUGUCUAGGAUCAGCUCGAGUGGCAUCCCGUUGUCUCUUUUGUGUUUAACUGCAGUGUUGUUCCCCUUGGUACUCUGCACAGUUGUGCUGCUGGAGAAGUCGUUUCCUUUGUCUGUCUAUUAGUGCCUCACCGCCGAUGUCUGGCGUAGUAUUUGCCUCUUCGCAUUAGGCGUGUAGCUUAAAGACGCUUACUUUGCAAUGAACAAAGUUUCCUUCUAUGCAGUACAUCUUUCUCUCGAUGCGCUAAAUGAAGUUCUAAAAUGGUA